CUAUGACAUGCAGAAAGAAUUGCCGCCUGUCUGGGUCAAGGACCUCAUGACGGAGGUAAGGGGCAUGAACACCAAUAUCGAGCGCAUCGAACAGUCGAUGGCGCAGGAGGUGCAGGAGUUUCGCGCAGCUCUUCAGAUCCACGACCAGAACUUGGCGCAGGUACAACAACGUCUCCUGGUGGUUGAGCAAGGAUCCACGGCUGCCAUCGCUACAGCAGUGGCGGCAGCCGUUGACGAGAAGAUUGCGGCCACCCCGUCUGACGCCCAGCAGAAAGUGGAGGACAUCGAGAAGAAGUUGAAGAUGAUAGCGACGAACAAGCCUGGUGGUGGGCCCGCUAGCAACAACCCGCACUUGGUGUCGACGCGCGAGCAGGAGGGCGCCUGCCGCUUGAUCCUGGCCAUCACUGAGGCCAUUGGCACGCGCUACGAGGUGGUCUCGAACGGCUUUGGCGGCGCGGUCUUCGUCUUAACCAAGCCAGAGUGCCCGUUGACGAUGGCGCAGCUGAAGCUGAACGGCGAUGAGGUGGAGCAUGAGAUAGCCGAGGCCGCUUUCUUGAGCCUGGGCCUCCAG